AUGUGUGCAAGUAUGGACAGCGUCCCGGCUGAAAUGGAAGCAGAUGGAAUCGUAAUGGCCGUAUUCGGAAACCUCAUGGUCAUGAGUCGACUGCGACAACCCAUACACGACGAAUUAGAAGCCACCUUUAUGACCUUGGCAAGCUUGUCUGAAGAGAUGGGAAAAUUCAAGGUGCAAUUAAACAUCGCAAAGGACAACACAUCUUCUUACAGAACAACAUGCAUUGUGCUAUAUUUGCGUGCGUCGUUCCAGGGUCAAGAACAAUGUGUACAAGGAGUGGCAAAUAUGCUCCGGACUGCGGAUAUUACCAACAGGCCCUCAGGGGCAGAUCAGGAUGAUGGCAAAGAACCAUCAGCCCCAACUCCUGGAAUAGGAAUAGUUUGA